AUGUCGCUCACAAAAAGCAGCAAAAUGCUGCAGUUUAUCAACUACCGCAUGCGAAUCACCCUGGAUGAUAGACGCACGCUCGUCGGACGCUUUCUCGCUUUUGACAAGCACAUGAAUGUCGUCUUGGCCGACUGCGAAGAGUUUCGCAAGGCGAAGAAAGCGGAAACCGAAGAGAGGCGCGCCCUUGGCCUUGUCCUUCUGCGGGGCGAAAGCGUCGUUUCGAUUGCAGUUGAGUCUCCCCCGGCGCCCAAGAAAGGGAAGCGAAGCGCAACGGCGGCUGGUCUGACCGCGCAACCCGAUCGACCUUCGCCGAUGGGUCGCGGCAUGGCAGCUCCAGGGCUCGCUGGUCCAGCGCCAGGACUCGGCGGGGGGAGUUUGGCAGCGAUGCAACCUCAACUGUCGUCGAACCCGCAACUUUAUCAGCCGCCUCCAUAUGGGCGCGGCGGUCCUCCUAUGCCGGCGUAUGGAAGGGGUAUGGCUCCGCCACUGGGGAUACCGGCGCCACAGGCGUACGGUAACGGAGUACGACCAGGGAUGCCUAUGCCACCGCCGCCGGGCUAUGGAAGAGGAAUGGUAAGUCCUAAAUAA